GAUUCUAACAUAUGGACGGCCUGGAUUCCCCGGCGCGUCACGUGACAGACGAGUCGCGAAAUUUCUCGAACCACCCGGAAGCACAAGUCCGACGACGGAAAGCGGGAGUUUGCCAAAAGGCAGUUAGGGGAAGUAUCCCGAACCGUCCAAUUACUUCGAUCCGACGGCUCCAAAACCCCGCCACGAACAUUCUCGAAAUCGAGGUAGUCCUCUAUAAACCGCGCGUUGUCCCUCUGAGUCUACAAUCAUCAAAUCCUUCUAGUCCACAAGACUCUCUGUUCUCUCAAUUCCCUGCAAUUCAAGGUUUCUGUGUGCUUUCUAUAGCUUUUCUGUAAAGAUUUUCGAUCAGCACGAGUGUUCUAGAGAGCGACUAUGGCCGGAAAAGGUGAAGGUCCGGCGAUCGGAAUCGACCUUGGGACGACCUACUCAUGCGUUGGUGUUUGGCAACACGACCGCGUUGAGAUCAUUGCCAAUGAUCAAGGCAACAGGACCACUCCUUCCUACGUUGCGUUCACUGACACCGAGCGCUUGAUCGGCGAUGCAGCCAAGAACCAAGUCGCCAUGAACCCCACCAACACUGUUUUUGAUGCCAAGCGUUUGAUUGGAAGGAGGUUCAGUGAUCCUUCAGUGCAGGGUGACAUGAAAUUGUGGCCGUUUAAGGUGAUUCCCGGUCCUGGCGACAAGCCGAUGAUUGUCGUCACUUACAAGGGCGAGGAGAAGCAGUUCUCUGCUGAGGAGAUCUCGUCGAUGGUGCUGAUGAAGAUGCGGGAGAUUGCAGAGGCGUACCUCGGUUCGGCGAUAAAAAAUGCCGUUGUUACCGUCCCCGCUUACUUCAACGAUUCGCAGCGCCAGGCGACAAAGGACGCCGGCGUAAUUGCCGGGCUCAACGUUAUGCGCAUAAUCAACGAGCCGACGGCUGCGGCUAUUGCUUAUGGGCUCGACAAGAAAGCGGGCUCUACGGGUGAAAAGAAUGUUCUGAUUUUCGAUCUCGGCGGCGGAACCUUUGAUGUCUCGCUGCUUACCAUUGAAGAGGGUAUUUUUGAAGUCAAGGCUACGGCCGGAGAUACCCAUCUCGGCGGCGAAGAUUUCGAUAAUCGGAUGGUGAAUCACUUUGUUCAGGAGUUCAAGAGGAAAAACAAGAAGGACAUCAGCGGGAGCCCGAGAGCUUUGAGGAGGUUGAGAACUGCUUGUGAAAGGGCAAAGAGGACUCUCUCGUCCACUGCUCAGACCACCAUCGAGAUUGAUUCUUUGUACGAAGGUAUUGAUUUCUACACAACAAUUACUCGCGCUAGAUUCGAGGAAUUGAACAUGGAUUUGUUCAGAAAGUGUAUGGAGCCGGUCGAGAAGUGUUUAAGGGAUGCUAAGAUGGACAAGAGCAGCGUCCACGAUGUGGUUCUCGUCGGGGGGUCGACCCGUAUACCCAAGGUUCAGCAAUUGUUGCAGGAUUUUUUUAAUGGGAAGGAGCUCUGCAAGAGCAUCAACCCGGAUGAAGCUGUUGCGUACGGUGCAGCUGUUCAGGCCGCUAUAUUGAGCGGCGAAGGUAAUGAGAAGGUGCAGGAUCUCUUGCUCUUGGAUGUCACGCCUCUGUCGCUUGGUUUGGAGACGGCCGGAGGUGUCAUGACGGUGCUGAUUCCGAGGAACACCACUAUCCCAACAAAGAAGGAGCAGGUGUUCUCUACCUAUUCAGAUAAUCAGCCUGGUGUGUUGAUUCAGGUAUAUGAAGGUGAGAGAACCAGAACCAGGGACAAUAAUUUGUUGGGUAAGUUUGAGCUUUCUGGUAUUCCUCCAGCUCCGAGAGGCGUCCCUCAAAUCAACGUCUGCUUCGACAUUGAUGCAAAUGGUAUCCUGAAUGUCUCCGCCGAGGACAAGACCACGGGCCAGAAGAACAAGAUCACAAUUACCAACGACAAAGGCAGAUUGUCGAAGGAGGAGAUUGAGAAGAUGGUACAGGAGGCGGAGAAGUACAAGUCGGAGGACGAGGAGCACAAGAAAAAGGUGGAGGCUAAGAACGCGUUGGAGAACUAUGCUUACAACAUGAGGAACACAAUUAAAGAUGAGAAGAUUGGUGCCAAGCUCUCGCCAGCUGAUAAGAAGAAGAUCGAGGACGCGAUUGAGCAGGCGAUCCAAUGGCUAGACGGGAACCAGCUUGCGGAGGCGGAUGAAUUCGAGGACAAGAUGAAGGAGCUGGAGAGUAUUUGCAACCCCAUUAUCGCCAAGAUGUACCAGGGGGCUGGAGGUGAUGCGGGUGGAGCCAUGGAUGAGGAUGGUCCUUCCGUCAGUGGCGGCGGCGGCGGUGCUGGGCCCAAGAUUGAGGAAGUUGAUUGAGCCUGUUGAUCGGCUCCUCGUGGUUCACUUUAUCUAAGAAACGGAAUGUGUGUGUGUGUGUGUUUGUUGGUUUUGUUUCUGUUUUUGGCAUCUAUGAGAUGCUCUACAUAUGAUGAGUUCUGCAACUCUGCUUGGUGUUGGCGGAGACGUUGUAAUAGAUAUAAUGAUGUUCCGUUUUUGUAUUGCACAGAAGUCAGUAAAAUGGCAUUUUCUCUUU